AUGGAUUGUCACCUCUCGGUCCUCCUCCUGCUCAGCGGCUCUCUUCUCCUCUGCUUCGGGGAACUGACCCCGCAGCCUUCCAAUGAAGUCAAUCUACUGGAUUCAAAAACAAUUCAAGGGGAGCUGGGUUGGAUCUCUUAUCCAUCACAUGGGUGGGAAGAGAUCAGUGGUGUCGAUGAACAUUACACACCCAUCAGGACGUAUCAGGUGUGCAAUGUCAUGGAUCACAGUCAAAAUAACUGGCUGAGGACAAACUGGGUCCCCAGGAACUCAGCUCAGAAGAUAUACGUGGAGCUCAAGUUCACGUUACGGGACUGCAAUAGCAUCCCAUUGGUUUUGGGAACUUGCAAGGAGACUUUCAACCUGUACUACAUGGAAUCUGACGAUGAUCAUGGGGUCAAGUUCCGGGAGCAUCAGUUUACCAAGAUUGACACCAUUGCCGCCGAUGAAAGUUUCACUCAAAUGGACCUUGGGGACCGCAUUCUGAAACUCAACACGGAGAUUAGAGAAGUGGGUCCUGUCAACAAGAAGGGAUUUUACUUGGCUUUUCAAGAUGUUGGUGCUUGUGUCGCCUUGGUGUCUGUGAGAGUGUACUUCAAAAAGUGCCCAUUCACAGUGAAGAAUCUGGCGAUGUUUCCAGACACAGUGCCCAUGGACUCCCAGUCCCUGGUGGAGGUGAGGGGCUCUUGUGUCAACAAUUCGAAGGAGGAAGACCCUCCCAGGAUGUACUGCAGUACGGAAGGCGAAUGGCUUGUGCCCAUAGGCAAGUGCUCCUGCAAUGCUGGCUAUGAAGAAGGAGGCGUCAGCUGCCAAGCUUGUCGACCAGGCUUCUACAAGGCUUCGGACGGGAACUUGAAGUGCGCCAAGUGCCCACCUCAUAGUUCUACUCAUGAAGAUGGUUCAGUGAACUGCAGGUGUGAGAAUAAUUACUUCCGAGCAGACAAAGAUCCUCCAUCCAUGGCUUGUACCCGACCUCCAUCUGCACCAAGAAAUGUUAUCUCUAAUAUAAACGAGACCUCCGUUAUCCUGGACUGGAGUUGGCCCCUGGACACAGGAGGCCGGAAAGAUGUUACCUUCAACAUCAUAUGUAAAAAAUGUGGGUGGAAUGUAAAACAGUGUGAACCAUGCAGCCCAAAUGUCCGCUUCCUCCCUCGACAGUUUGGUCUCACCAACACCACUGUGACAGUGACAGACCUCCUGGCACACACUAACUACACCUUUGAGAUUGAUGCCAUUAAUGGAGUGUCAGAGCUGAGCUCUCCACCAAGACAAUUUGCUGCAGUGAGCAUCACAACUAAUCAGGCUGCACCAUCACCUGUCAUGACAAUUAAGAAAGAGCGAACAUCCAGAAAUAGCAUCUCUUUAUCCUGGCAAGAACCUGAACAUCCUAAUGGGAUCAUAUUGGACUACGAGGUCAAAUAUUAUGAAAAGCAGGAACAAGAGACAAGUUAUACCAUUUUGAGGGCAAGAGGCACAAAUGUUACCAUCAGCAGCCUCAAGCCUGACACUACUUAUGUUUUCCAAAUCCGAGCCCGAACAGCAGCUGGAUAUGGGACCAACAGCCGCAAGUUUGAGUUUGAAACUAGCCCAGACUCUUUUUCCAUCUCUAGUGAAAACAGCCAGGUGGUGAUGAUUGCCAUCUCAACGGCGGUAGCAAUUAUUCUCCUCACUGUUGUCAUCUAUGUUCUGAUUGGGAGGUUCUGUGGCUACAAGUCAAAACCCGGUGCAGAGGAGAAGAGGCUGCACUUUGGGAAUGGGCAUUUAAAGCUGCCAGGUCUCAGAACUUACGUGGACCCACAUACUUAUGAAGACCCAACCCAAGCAGUACAUGAGUUUGCCAAGGAAUUGGAUGCCACCAACAUAUCCAUUGACAAAGUUGUUGGAGCAGGUGAAUUUGGAGAGGUGUGCAGUGGUCGCUUAAAACUCCCUUCGAAAAAAGAGAUUUCAGUGGCCAUCAAGACCCUGAAAGUGGGCUACACAGAAAAGCAGAGGAGGGACUUCUUGGGGGAAGCAAGCAUUAUGGGACAAUUUGACCAUCCCAAUAUCAUUCGACUGGAGGGAGUUGUUACUAAAAGUAAGCCAGUUAUGAUUGUCACAGAAUACAUGGAGAAUGGUUCCUUGGACAGUUUCUUACGUAAACAUGAUGCCCAGUUUACAGUUAUCCAGCUGGUGGGGAUGCUGCGAGGGAUAGCAUCUGGCAUGAAGUACCUCUCAGACAUGGGCUACGUUCACCGAGACCUUGCUGCUCGGAACAUCUUAAUCAACAGCAAUUUGGUCUGUAAGGUUUCUGAUUUUGGACUUUCACGUGUUCUGGAAGAUGACCCAGAAGCUGCUUAUACAACGCGGGGAGGCAAGAUCCCAAUCCGGUGGACAUCACCAGAAGCUAUAGCCUACCGCAAAUUCACAUCAGCCAGUGAUGUGUGGAGUUACGGGAUUGUUCUCUGGGAGGUGAUGUCUUAUGGAGAGAGACCAUAUUGGGAGAUGUCCAAUCAGGACGUAAUUAAGGCUGUGGAUGAGGGCUAUCGCCUACCACCCCCCAUGGACUGCCCAGCUGCCUUGUAUCAGCUGAUGCUGGACUGCUGGCAGAAAGACAGAAACAACAGACCCAAGUUUGAGCAGAUUGUCAGCAUCCUGGACAAGCUUAUCCGGAAUCCCGGCAGCCUGAAGAUCAUCACCAGUGCGGCAGCAAGGCCAUCAAACCUCCUUCUGGACCAAAGCAAUGUCGACAUCGCUACCUUCCGCACAACAGGUGACUGGCUUAAUGGUGUCCGGACAGCACACUGCAAGGAGAUCUUCACAGGCGUGGAGUACAGUUCUUGUGACACCAUAGCCAAGAUUUCCACAGAUGACAUGAAAAAGGUUGGUGUCACCGUGGUUGGGCCACAGAAGAAGAUCAUCAGUAGCAUAAAAGUUCUAGAAACACAAUCAAAGAAUGGUCCAGUUCCAGUGUAA